CCUCCUCUGCCUCCUCUCCACCGAAGAUUUCCCAGGAGCUGCGAGGCUCCCCUUGCUACUCUCUCAAUCCUCUCCCGUCCUUUUCCUCUUCCUUCCUCUGCCCUCUUCCUUCCUCCUCCUGUUCUUCCUCCCUCCGUCCUCCUCUCCCAUCCCAGUCUUCCUCCCUCCGUCCUCUCCCCUCUUCCCUCUGCUCCCUCCCUUCUUCUCUUUCUCCCGUGGGAUGUCGGAAAGGGAGGGUGUGCUGUGGCGUCUGUGGGAAAAGCUUCUACGACAAAGGAACGCUGAAGAUCCACUACAACGCCGUGCACUUGAAGAUCAAACACCGCUGCACGGUGGCCGGCUGCGCCAUGGUCUUCAGCUCGCUGCGCAGCCGAAACCGACACAGCGCCAACCCGAACCCGCGGUUACAUAGCGGCGCCGGCAGGGACGCCGCGCACGCCCACGGAAGCGCACACACGGGCUUAAACUCUGAAACGCAAAUACACAAGGACAAAAAAAGUACGUGCAAGGGAAAAGACAUCAGCGACACACUUUGGCAACAGGACGAAGACGAUAACGCGCUUGUACGCGCGCACGCCGUGAGACACGGGCUAAACGGUCAUUCAAAACCCCGUAACGGUUGCCAGGACGACACACCCCUUCAAGCCUACUCCCCUCCUCCUUCUCCUACCCCUCUACCCCAGACUCUGAGCCAGCAGGACGCCAGCAAAACCUUCCCCUGUGACAGAUCCAACCUGCGCCUACAGACCCUACCUCCUGAUUCCCUCCCCCCAGCUCGCAGUGCUCCCUCGCUGGGCUCCAAUUCGUCUCUCGUCCCCACCAAAACCGAGCGCCGCCAACGUCUCCUCAGCUUUCACGCCUACCGAACCGCGCCCAAUCCCCUCCCUGACCCGGCUGCCAUUCCCGUGGCGAGCCGCGACAGCCAACCUGUGUCAGGUGUGCGCGAUGUCGCGGAGGGAAAGCGAGAAGAGGCUCGCGGCAGCCCGCUGACCAAUCAGCAGCAGCAGCGCCGAUGGUGGGAGUCGGCCUUCCCAUCAGCCCCUGUGAUCCAGGGCCAGGACCCUCUGCGUGUGGGGGUGGAGUCCACCCUCACCUGCCAGGUGUUGGACGUGUACCCCCCCGAGCAGCUGACCCUGCGCUGGCGCCGUGGCGACGCCGUGCUGCCGAGCAUCAUGGGAGAUCACCGGUCCAGCUCGGUCCGGCUCGACUACACCUUCACGCCUUCGCUGCAAGACACCGGAGGAAACAUCAGCUGCAGCGCUACGCUGGACCUGCAGGACCUGCCACCUGAGGACCGGACCAGGGACACCACCGUCCCUCUAAACCUGCUCUAUGCUCCCGUCGUCACGGCGAUAACCGACUCGGUGUCGGUGAUGGCCGGCUCUCGGCUGGAGCUCGGCUGCUCCGCGGAGGGAAACCCCGAGCCGACCGUCAGCUGGAGCUUCGGGGGGGCGGGGGGGCGCCCUGAGGGGCGGGGCCAGGGCAGUCAGCUGAUCCUCGCCGCCGUGAGUCUGGCGGACGCCGGACGGUACGACUGCCACGCCCAAAACACCGAGGGGCGCCAGACCGCUCACCUGGAGCUCACCGUACACGCUCCUCCCACCAACACCUCCCUGUCGGUGAGUCCAGGUGAUUGGCUGCUGGAGGGUCAGCAGGUGACGUUCAGCUGCCAAUCAGACGGAGCCCCGCCCCCCACGCUGGUGCUGAGGAGGGAGGGGGAGGAGCUACAGAGGGCUGGCCCCGCCUCCUCCCAGCUGUCCUUCAGCCUAUCCUCCGCCCGGCUGGAAGACUCCGCCCACUACCAGUGUGAAGCCUCCAACCAGUACGGGUCCCAACUGGUGACCAGCACCGUCUCCGUCACAGCCCACCCCCUGCAGGUGGAGGUAAGUCCUCCGGUCUCGGCAGCAGAGAGGGGUUCAGGUCUUGUUCUGACCUGCAGAGCCUCCGGAUGUCUCCACCCUCCCACCUUCACCUGGACCAGAACAGACCAGGACCAGAACCAGAGCCAGAACCUUCAGGGGACGCAGCAGGACGGCCUGUCCCUACUCCACCUGCAGGACCUGGACCUGCAGGAUCAGGGGGUGUACCGCUGUGAGGCCCAGUGUGACUCUGUCAUCAGGACCGGAACCGUCCGGGUCCAUGUUUACUCGUUCCCGUCUGAUCCGGUUCUGGAGCAUCCUGGUCCCGUGCUGCUGGGUCGGGAGGCGGUCCUUCGCUGUGACAUCACCGACGUCUUCUCAGCCAAUCAGAUGCGGGUCCUGUGGCUGUCGGGGAACAUGACGCUGCACUCCGAGUCCUUCGGGUUCUCCGGUUCCUUACGGAACGUCUCGGUGGUUCUGCAGCGCCGCGUCCAAGAGGACCAGGUCCUGACCUGCCGGGCCGAGCUGCUGGCGCUGGGCGGACACGUGUGGCGGUCCAGAACCACCUCGGUCCUGCUGCACGUCCACUCUCCUCCCACCAACACCUCCCUGUCGGUGAGUCCAGGUGAUUGGCUGCUGGAGGGUCAGCAGGUGACGUUCAGCUGCCAAUCAGACGGAGCCCCGCCCCCCACGCUGGUGCUGAGGAGGGAGGGGGAGGAGCUACAGAGGGCUGGCCCCGCCUCCUCCCAGCUCUCCUUCAGCCUCUCCUCCGCCCGGCUGGAAGACUCUGCCCACUACCAGUGUGAAGCCUCCAACCAGUACGGGUCCCAACUGGUGACCAGCACCGUCUCCGUCACAGCUCCCCCGAGGAACACAACGGUUCUCGUCCUGCCGUCUACGGUGGUCCAGGAGGGUCAAACCGUGAGCGUGCUCUGCCGGACCGUCUGCUUCCCACCGGCCGCCGUGCUGCUGAAGAAGCUGACCAAUGGGACGGAGCUUUACUCCGCCAACGGCAGCUUCCUAUUGGUUAACGUCACGGCCAGAGACUCGGGGCGCUACCAGGUCAACGUGAGCAACGAGUUAGGAUACCAGGUCAAGGUGUUCAGCAUCAGGGUCACAGAGAGAAGCUCCAGUCCUCCUCCGAGUCUCGGCGCCAUCAUCAUCCCGGCCGUGUGCGCCGCUGUCGGGCUCGCAGCCGCCGCUCUGAUGCUCGAAUACCUGCGGAGAUCCCGGAAGAAAGGCUUCUAUCAGCUGCACAAGGCGCCGCCUCCUUCAGCCUGAUGCUAACGCCAGGCCACCAAGAUCCUAACACCAGGCUUCCAACUCCCAGAACUGGGCUACCAACAUGCUAACACUAGGCUACCAACUCCCAACAUGUGGCUACAACAUCCUAAAAUGUGGCUACAACAUCCCAACAUCCCAAUAUGUGGCUACAACAUCCUAAAACGUGGCUACAACAUCCCAAUAUGUGGCUACAACAUCCCAACAUCCCAACAUGUGGCUACAACAUCCUUAAAUGUGGCUACAACAUCCCAACAUCCUAAAAUGUGGCUACAACAUCCCAAUAUGUGGCUACAACAUCCCAACAUCCCAACAUGUGGCUACAAUAUCCUAAAUUGUGGCUACAAUAUCUCAACAUGUGGCUACAACAUCCCAACAUGUGGCUACAACAUCCCAACAUGUGGCUACAAUAUCCUAACAUCCCAACAUGUGGCUACAACAUCCCAACAUGUGGCUACAAUAUCCUAACAUCCCAACAUGUGGCUACAACAUCCCAACAUGUGGCUACAACAUCCCAACAUGUGGCUACAACAUCCCAACAUGUGGCUACAACAUCCCAACAUGUGGCUACAACAUCCCAACAUGUGGCUACAAUAUCCCAACAUGUGGCUACAACAUCCCAACAUGUGGCUACAACA